GACUCCACUUCCACUUACAGCUCAUCAAAGACAAGCAUCGUCAGCGCUUUCAAAUUGGUCAAAGCUAAGUGUAGACACACAAAGAAUGAUGAAACCGAAACUCAAGUCAGCUUUAAAUCAAAGUGAACUGCAUUUAUAGGAAGAACUAAGUGAACAAAAAAAGAAAACCAGAACAAAAACAAAAAAAGAAAGAGGAAAAAUGAAAAAGGAAAGUAACAGCAAGCACAGAGGCAUCUAUGAAAAAAUGCCGCCUCUAAACGAAGUGCUACGAGUAAACUGGAAUUUGCAAAUCAUAUCAUGUAUCGUCGUGCUGUUCACGACACACAGCAUACAACUAGCCCACUGUAUCGACUGCUUCAAAUGCGUCUCAUUCAAUGGAGCCAACAAGGCAUGCGACGAUCCCUUCCACAACAACUACUCUACCGCCAUACUGGAGUCGCCGUGUAUGGGUGGACGAAAAGGACGUAACGGUCUAUUUCCGACGGCGGCCUGCAUCAAAAUCGCCGGGAUUUAUGAUGACGAUCUUAUAUUGGAGCUGUGACAGUAGGCAUCUUAGAGCGCAACUUAGGUCAUAUUUUACAUGUAAGUAUCGGCAUAAGAAACCUAUAGCCUACAAGUUUUCUGAUUUCAUGUAUCGGACCCCAAACGCAACCGUCACACCACUUCACAUCCGAGUCUGCCGCUGUUUGAUUAUGUUCCCGAGGAAUUUUUGCGCCGUUUCAUAACUGUGUGACGAAAUAUGGAUCCGCUUGUACACAUAACGGAUCUUUGAAACUUCACACAGGAAACUUGCUCCAAGAAGGCGCAGACUAACCUAUUGAGUUUACGACAGGGCGCCAAUCGUUCUUCCUUUUCCCUGUUUAGCACCAGGUCCACUUGAUAUUUCCAACGGAUUGGAGGUCUUCUUCUUCCUCUGCUUCCCCCGAAGGGUACUGCGUCGAAUACUCUCAGAGCUUGAAGCAUAAAUCUACCUUUCUCUCGAAACCUCGUAACGUCGACUCACCAGAUGUUUUCAUCGCCCUUGCCUCUGCACUAUAUAGCAGGACGGGAUGUUCAGUCAGUGACUAUAGAGUUUUGCCUUUGUUCGUCGAGAGAGGACUUUAGUUCUCUAUUAGAUUGAAGAAGUCGCACGAAAAGGAGUGGC